AUGGACAUCUCUUUGACAAACGUUCAUCUUGGCGGCGUUGCUCUGCUUCUGGCAGUAGGAAUAUUUAUCAUCAAGAGCCUUCGAAGUCCUCUCAACAAGAUCCCCGGGCCAUGGCAUACGCAAUGGACGGGGUUGGUCUCGAGAUAUCAUUCAUGGAAGGGACACUUGCCCCCCUACAUACACUCCCUUCAUGAGGCAUACGGCCCCAUCAUCCGCACAGGACCCAAAGCAGUCUACAUUGCCGACCCAGCCGCCUACCACCAAAUGACCAGCGUCAAGAAUGAGUUCCUAAAAGAACCGCAGUUCUACUGGGCCCUCCACCCAGGCAUCUCCAACGUCUUCACCACUGUCCGGAUCGACGUGCACCGGCACUUCCGCCGCCUUCUCGCGGCCGGCGUGUCCGACUCUGGCCUCAGGGCGUUUCACAAACAGAUCGAGCCCAAGCCUCGCGCGGCCAUUGCAGGCAUGCAGGCAGAGAUGGAAACACGGGGGGCGGCGGAUGUGGCCAAGUGGUGGCAUCUUAUGACUUUGGAUGUCAUCUCCGAGCUGGCUUUUGGUGAGACGGCCGGGCUGUUGCAGCGUGGCGAGAAAGACGAAUUUGCUCGAGACCUAGAAGCCCUGGGCCGUGCCGCCUCCAUCCGAGUAGUUCUGCCCGAGCUCACCUGGUACCUGAUGCCCCGCUUCCCCAUCCCGCCCAAGUCCGCUGAGAACGCAAGACGCCUCCGCCAGCACGCCUCAGAAGCCCUCCGGCGCCACCAGCGCCUGACAGAGAACACUCCCGAAGGCGAGGUGCGGCCCACGCUGUUCUCCAAGCUGUACAAGGCCCGCGACGAGGACGCGCUGUCGUUUGAGAACCUCAGGGACAACGCGCAGGUGUACAUGACGGCUGGGACGGGCACGACGGCCACCUCGCUGACCUUUCUGGUCUGGAGCGUUUGUCGGCGGGAGGAUGUGCAGCGCAGGCUGGUGGCCGAGGUGCAGGGGCGGGUUGCUGCGCUGGCUGCUGCUGCUGGUGGUGGUGGGGGCGAGGACUUUGGCUACGAGGAUAUCAAGGACCUGCCGUACCUGAACUGUGUCAUCAACGAGACGCUGCGGCUGUUUAGUGUCGUGGCGGCCGGGAUGCCUCGUGUCGUGCCUUCAGGCGGUGCUACGCUGGUUGGGCAGUUCGUGCCCGCGGGGACCACGGUUUUGGCACAGUCUUACACGCUGCAUCGUAAUGGGAGGGUGUUUCCGCGGCCUGAGGAGUUUUUGCCUGAGAGAUGGGAGAAUCCUAGCAAGGAGAUGAAGGAUUCAAUAAUUGUCUUUGGCGGUGGUUCGCGAGUCUGCAUUGGCCAGCAUCUAGCUAUGAUGCAGAUGCGUCUUGCGACCUGUCGUUUCUUCCAUGCCUUCCCAGAGGCCAAGGUUUCGCAGAGGGAGGGCAUGAGCGAUGCGGAUAUGGAUGCGUCUUUCUAUGUGCUCCUGUCACCCAAGGGCAGGAGAUGUCUGAUCGAAGCCUGCUGA